CUGAUGCAUCGGACCAGGCUGCGUUUGGCCCAACCCGAACUGCUACCGUGACAGGAAACGAUGAUGACGACAGCGCGUAAAUCGGCAGCUGGAACCGGGAGGUGCUCCGGUUGCGCGGUUUGAACGGUGAACACAAGCGGUUGCCCGCACGGUACCCGGAGACUCCACAUCCAAGGGACCGGAAGGCUUCGGUUACGCGUGCGCUCCCACUUGGACCGGAGAAAGGAUGUUGCCCUGUGUCUCUCUCAUCCUCUCCACUGACUGAUAAUUUUUUUUGUGUAGAUGUUUGGCACAUUUUUUCCAGCGCGGUAAACUUUACAGGCUAAUGAGUCAGCUUUGACCAGUUAAAAGUGCCAAAAGAGACGGAGAAGUUAAUUCACUGAAAAUGUCCACGACGCACCUCAGCUCCCCGGCGCCCAACCAGAGCUACCUUUCCACGGCCACCUACGAGAAUUCAGACCCCGCGGGGGUGGAGAGGCAAAUCCGCCUGCUGCUUUUCGGCUUGUGCGUAACCAUCGCGGCUGCAACCUUUGUCGGAGGUGUGUAUUCUCUGCUGUCUCUCCUCCGGAUGAGGAGAAAAACCUCCCUGUGUCUCAUUGUGGCUUCCAUGUCGGUGGACGACCUUCUCAGUGUGGUCCCUCUCUCCUUGUUCAUGCUCCUACAGUGGGAGACGGAUGGAGGUGGAGGGUCGGCCAGUCUGUGUACUUUAUCCGGACUUCUGUACGUGUUCCAGGGUGUUUCAAGCAAUAUGAAGGCUUGCCUUAUAGCAGCCUACACUUUUUAUGUCACCAAGAGAUUUGGAGUGCUCCAGUCUGUCCGCCGGCCCCUGAGAGUGAUGUGGGCCAUUGCCGGUGUGUGGGCGGUCAGUCUGGCCGUCAGUGUGUUACCUUUGUGCGGAUGGGGCAGCUUUACGCCGGCUUCUCUCGGGUGUUUCCCAGAGAUCGACAGCUUUUACAUCCUGCUGCUUUUCUCCUUAUAUUCCCUGUGUUUCUGCGGCUUGUUGUUUUUCUUUGUCCCCCUCACCUACCAGCUGCUGUGCUCCAGAGAGCCCCAGAGGACUUUAAUGUACCCAAGCUAUUUGGAGAUGGCGAGGGGACUGAGUGGCUCCGCUCCCCUCUGUGAUCUCCAGUCAUUUUCCCGGGACAGCCUGAACAAAAGUUUCGGUGCCUACAACGAGCUGAGCCCAAGUUCAUGUGGGACAGAGCUCAGGGAGAAAGAGGACAGCUGUCUGUCCCCAGUGUCUGUCAACGGACAGAGGACAGCUGCUGUCGAGGACACACCAGUGGUGUUCGCACAAAAGCGCUUCUCCAUGAUCCUGGCGGUUGUCCGAGUUAUUUUAUGGAUGCCAAUGAUGACUUUGGUGCUGGUGCGCCACGCACUGAAUGCACGCAGCUCAUCCCUGGAGACUUUGAGCUUCUUUCUCACUCUGCUCGCACCUGCGGUCACUCCGUUAUUCGUGCUGUCUGAGCGCUGGAUCCACAUGCCGUGUGGCUGCUUCAUUAACUGCAAACGGGAUCCAAUGCAGGAACCCUCAGUAAUGAAAAGAAGAUUUGAGUUCAACCUUUCCUUCCAACAAGGCUAUGGAGUGUACAAGUUGUCACACGCCACGAUGUCUCAUAACAGUCUGCCCCUUGAGAAGCCUGCCUAUCACAGCCUCUUUAACUGCGACUUCCCUAGCACCCGCCUUGAUGCACUAGAAAGUGGCGGGUUCUCCAGCCUGGGCCCAAGUUUUGAUUUCAGUACCACCUGCCCUGUGGACAGUUCCUCUCAUGCAGACCUUAUGUUGGAAGCAGUGGCCGGUGGAGGAGAGGCACUGGCUGAUGGUCCUUCUCUCCCUCAUGAGAACCACGGAGAUGAUGGUGACUUCCGCUGCGUACCCUCGCUGCCCUCUCAUCACCGGGAGCAGGACCACAAUCUCACUGACACAUCGUCGGUGUUCGAGGGGACAGAGAGGAGGCUGUCGCAUGAGGAGUGUCGGAAGAUCGAGUUGACAGACUGGGAGUGGUGCAGGAGCAAAUCAGAGAGGACACCCAGACAGCGGUCAUCAGGUGGUCUGUCAAUCCCCCUGUGCGCCUUUCAGGGAACCGUAUCUCUGCAGGCGCCCACAGGGAAGACCCUCUCUCUCUCCACCUAUGAGGUCAGCAGUGAUGGACUUAAAAUCUCCCCCAACAAUGCCAAGAAGGUGGAAGUGUAUCGCUCCAAAUCAGUUGGCCACGAGCCCAGCGCAGACGACCCAGCGUCAGGAGGCCAGGCUGGAGACGUGAAUGUCAGCAGCGUAGGGAUGGGCAUGGAGAUCGGAAUGGGCAUGGGUAUAGGAGCCGGCGUGGGGGACACCAACGUCAAGAUCCACCUUGAGGUUCUGGAGAUCUGUGACAACGAGGAGGCCAUGGACAGCGUCUCCAUCAUCUCCAACAUCAGCCAGUCCUCCACCCACGCCCGCUCGCCAUCACUGCGUUACUCGCGAAGGGAGAACCGCUUUGUCUCCUGCGACCUGGGCGAGACGGCUUCCUACUCUCUGCUCAUCCCCAGUGGAGGCAACCCCGAGGCAGAGACCAUCAAUAUCACUAUACCUGACACUGUGGAAGCUCACCGGCAGAACAGCCGGCGGCAGACGCAAGAGAGUACGGGGUAUCGUGAGGAGAUACAGCUGCUCAAUGAGGCCUACAGAAAGCAAGUUGGGGAGACGGAUGAGUGACAUACAUACAGGAUCACAAGAAGGUGUCUCAGAGGAGAAGGUUGAGAGAGCACUUCUGGCAGCGAAAUAUGGAAGAAAAUUUCCUAAUCAUUCCACAUUUACUCUUUCUGAUUAUCAUUCUAAUAGAACUGACAGUUGUCCCAAAUAGAGAUUUAGACUGUUAUAAUAGUCUGUUUGCCUACUCUUGUAUUUCCUCUUCAUAUAGCAUCAUGAGAGCACAUGCAUCAUGUCUGUAGCGUUCAUAGAGAUAGAUUAGUCUGUAAAGGAAGAGGGAUAGGAGUACAUUGGGAGAGAUAGACAGAGCCAAAAGAAGGGGAGGGAAGGAGAGAGAAACAGUAUUCUAGCAGAACAUCUGUAUUCCUUGCAAGGCUUUCACCAUAUGGCAGCCUGUCAUCAUAAAAUAGAUACAGGAAGAGAGAUAUUCACUUCGACGUGGAAAAGGAGGGGCCAAAGUCUAGUCACAUGUCUGAUAUGAAGCUGCUCCAGUAGACUACGUCACUGGUGACUCAGCUGUGAAGGGAGGGGGUCACCUGACCCAUGUGUCUGACUCAUCUCGGUGUGUGUUAUUGUGCAUUUUUGUGUGUGAGAAGCCUUGCCCAUAAAGAUGAGGGUAUAUGUUUGUGACGUCAGCUACCAAACGUAUUCAUAUGUUUCCCUUAUACAAUGUAUUUUUACAUAUAUUUAUUUGAAUUAUGGUGUAUUUUCAUUCAUGUCCAGCUGCUGCGUCCCAUCACGUAUUAACACACAAUUAACGUUGCUACUAUUAAAUUUGAGCCAGGACAAAUAUCGGCGCUGAAAACAGAUGGAGAGAAAAAGGAAAGGAGAGGCAGGUAUUUGAGGGAGAGUGCAAGUGAUCAUUGAAGAGGAGGUUGAGGGGAUACUUAUGCAGAGCAGUUUUCUGCCCCGCGCACAUUCAGUGCAAUUUAAAUGAGUGACAGUGUGCAUAUUUUACUACAGUAUAGGCAGCAUAUGAAUGUACAUUCCAGAACUACUUUGGGGGAGCAUCUCGCUGCCUGCUCAGUUCGCUGCCCAUCCAAUCAGUGAGCCACCGGGCCCUCUCACUUUUGAUCAAAUACAUGCAUAAAUUCAGGACUGGAAUAAAAUUUACAUAGAUAGUAUUAUGUAUUUGAGCACUGUUUUUUUAAGGCUUUUUAUACCUGUAUUUUGAUAGGACAGGUGAAAAUAGACAGGAAAGGGGGGAGAGGGGGGUGGGGGUGACAUGCAGCAAAGGGGCCGCAGGUUGGAAUCGAACCCAGGCUGCUGCGGACUCAGCCUCAGUUUUUGAAUGGUCACACUUUGAACAUCUUCUCUUUCACAGAUAACAUCAGUACAUCCAUUCCUUAUAUGCACACUUACAUGUACAUGUGUAUACAAUUGCAGUAAGAUAGUAUAAUAGGUAUUUCAGAAUACCUUUAGAAUAUAUAUUUAUUUAAGUAUGUUUUAUGAUGGUGUCUUUUAUAUGUCAGCUUUAUUUCCAACACAGCACUUGGUUGGCACUUUGUGGACUUCAUUUGCAGGCUUUUGAAUUGUCCUUUAGCAAGCCCACUUCAUCAGCUGCGACAUGUUCCUUCUUCCUAAAGAAUGUUGUCAUUAAAGAUUCAUACCAGAAAAUUGCCUCCAACAGGAUUGCAAUGCAUUUCUAUUUCUAGUGCUCCUGGGCAAACUGAAAAAAAAAAACAUUGUAUAGACAUGAAUCAUAAUGAAUGUAAACUUGUAUUCACUGUCAACCAUUUCAGCUGUUAAUAGUGCCAAAGAUUUUCAGCUGAGCACAGCUCCGUCUCUGCAGCCUAACAGAGUGGAAGUAAUUUGAUCAUCUGCUUGUUCUCACUUUUAAACUAGCGUUCAGCUUCUGGUCAAGCGCUCUCAUAAACUAUUGUGAUUAAUAAACUGCUAUUUGCUUUCUUUGUGAGAAAUUGGGAAUUGCACAUUAGCUGUACAAGUGUUUGCAUGUUUACUCAUUGACUUGAGCCAUCUGGACUGAUUCGGUAACACGCAAACUACUUAAAGGAGAUUCUGAACUACAGAAUAAAAGCAAAUUAAGCACAAUAAUUAACUACUUAAAGAGACUGCCCUCGAUAUUUAGCCACUAUCAUUGGUUGUUGUGCCCCUAGGAUGACAGUAAUGUGAAUAAUCCACAACAGCUGUACGAUAUUGUUAUUGUGGUCUUAUCAGUGUUUGAGCUGACAUAAAAUCAGAAGUAAAGAUGUUACAUAUUCUUGUGUUUUAGAAAGGUUUCACAAAUUGUUUAUUGUAUUUUAUCUGUGUGUAUGUGCAGACAUUUAGAGAUUUAGUCUUUGUGGGAGGAGAGUAGAGGCAGAGAGACUGGAAAGCAAAUAGUUGGAAAGCAGGAGAAAAGGGCAUAUGGCAGCAAAACAAAAAGUAAAAUAAUAUAAAAACUGUAAUUAUCAAAGGCCUUGGCCAGCAGCUAUUCCUCACGUUUUAUCUUCUCUCUCAUCCAAGGACUUUCACCUCCCACUCACAACCUCUGAUUAUGCUGAAGCAAUACGGUGCAGGUAAGCCUGCCUGCAUCAAAAUGUAGUAUCAGUGGCACUGCUUGAGACUUGUAUUUCAACAUAUGUAACAUCAGUGAGUACAGCAGGCAUUAUUGAGACCGUAAGCCAAUAGAGGAGUAAACACAGUCAUGUUAAUACAUGAUGCUUUUCAUCUGAGGGUUUUCAUCUUGGUUAAAUGAUUCAUUAAGGUCAGAGAUCAUUUGUAUGCAUCACAGGUAGCCCUAAGGGGGAAAAAACAAGGCAUCAGAAGAAUAGUACAUCCGCAACAGUACUGAGACGAAUAGGGGGAGGGGACUCAGAACAUACGAAACAAUCCUUUCUAUAUCCUUUUGUUUGCACAACCCCUCCCCUCCUCAAAAUGCUUUCUCACAUUAUUCCCUCUCCUCACACCUCAGCUUCAUUCUCAGCAUGUUUUUUUUAUACCUUUCCUCACUAUUCUCCUGCAUUGCUUGCUCUCUGACUCCUGUUCAUUUUCAAUCCCUCACCUGUUCCCUUCAGAGCUGCCUGCUGAGUUAUUGAUAGUGCUCACAUAUUUUAAAAUAAUGACAUAGAUAAAAUGAAUGGCAACAGAGGCGAAAUCCUGUGAGGCACUCCUAAUUCAAACAAUGUUUAGCUGAUCACAGUUCAUUUCUUCUUGUUUUUCAAACUGAGCCCUGCUUGAAGAUAAGACUGAAUACAUUUCUGUCAAAUCUGAAUAUAGAACAGUUUUAAAAACAGAACCAGAGAUGGAUUUAAUGUGAGAAAGCUAGCCUUAUCUUUCAACACAACAUGACAAUAAUUCUUUUCAUCCAGAUUAAUACAUUUCCCAGUGGUGGAAUGCUAUGAAAUUCAUUUACUCAAGUAUCAUACUUGAGAAUACAAAGACUUGUAUUUCUAUUUCAUGCAACUUUAAUCUUCUACUCCACUAUAUUUUAGAGUCAAAUAUUGUACGUUUUACAGUCACUAGUUACUUUUCAACUUUGGUGAUUUUAUAUUUGAUUUUUUUCUGAUAAACUGAAGGAGUCCUUUAUAGAAAAGUCUCCUACUUCUUAAGAUAAAUAAACUAUUUAUAACCCUCAUGGAUGAGCUGGAAAAUUCAUCAUCACAAAGCUGAAAACUGUUUUUCUGAGCACCAGAAUAGCAUAUGAUAAUAGAAUAUUAUCCACUGCUGUAGCUGUCAGUAUAAAGUAGUUAAAAUGAGCACAACCAUAAACAUCUACAGUAGUAAAAUGUAACAUACACAUUAACGCAGCAGUCAUUUUAAUGCAAAAAAACCCAAUAUAUAAUAACACUGACAGGAACCAUUUCUCUGCAGAAUGAGUAUGUUUCUGAUCUGUACUGAUGGUACAGGGAUGUUGCAUGGGUGUCUCUGUGUCUGUUUUGCGUGUGUUUGUGGGACUGUAGCUAUGUGUGUCGGUGCAUGCAUGUGUCAAACAUUUGUCAAACAUUUGAUGAAAAAUGAGAACAUCUUUUAUAAAAAAAAAACAGCAAAAAGGCCACGGCGACAGGGUGUGCUGCUCUGGGUACAAUUCAUGGUACUGCAAGAACUGUGGAGAGGAUAAUGGCAUCUGUGAUGCAGAUGGUAAGAUUGUGUUUUAAAGGGACACAGGACAAGACGUAACAAGACCUGACAAGGAAAUGUUAAUAACAUAUACUCUCUGCAGCACAUAAUUAAAAAAAACAUUUGUUGUUUUGUAUGGA